AUGGACGACGCGCUUCACGAUGUAGAGCGCGUGGCUGGCGACGCCCUACACACCAUUAUAGACCUCAAAAGGCGGGUGUCCGCGCACCUGGAUGGCUCGGAUCUAUAUCUGGUCCACGAUGAGCUUGUCGAACUGUCGGGGCUGUUGGAAGAUAUCCACCAGCUUCGUAAUGGAACAUUUUCCGGGACACCCAAAGAAAACCUCGACAUCCUCAAAGCCAUCCAUCAGGAUAUUUGUGUGGUCCUGAAGACAUUCGAGGAUGUACGAGAAGUUUACCCUAACAUUGAGGACGACAAUCGUAACGAUCCGCAGCACCAUUUUAAGCCGGAACUGAGUGCCGAGAGGCGGUCAAGGCCUGUCAAGGAGCGAAUAACCUUAAUUCACCGGCAUCUCAAGGAACGCCGCCUCUCAUUAUUGUCCAAGCUCGUCGUGCUUAAUACGUUAAUAGAAACCUACCCGGAAGAUGAUGUGUUCAGUCAACAUACCAAGCCGAAAUAUGGCUCGCAGCGAUUUACCGACUUAACGCUGGAGUCUAAUGCAAGACACACUGUCGAUGCAAGUGUUACGAGUGGUCAGGACUGGUCCGAACAGAAGACUGUUCCGCAUCAUUUCGAGAACGAAAAGUAUUUGUCAUCCGAGAUGUUCCCUAUGUUCAAGCACAUGCGCCAGGAAACACUGCGAACUCCACCUUUGAAAAGUGGCGUCGUGAAUAGUUCUUUACAGUCACCACGGUCUCCGGGAAUGCACCAGCUUGCGCUUCCCGAUAUGCACUACGAGCGUUCCAUAAAAAACGAGGUGCAUUUCCAGCACCUUGAGCAGGCCUUCUCAAAGAUCACUCAUAGCCCGCCCAUCAACGGCCGAGGGAAACGCCCAUUUUCAGUACAAGGACAGCCCAGGGUCGGCAUCUCAAUGUGCAGCCCGCGAUGCCGGUGCCAUUGCCACUCUAAACGGAGUGUCGUCCACCUUAGUCUGGCUGCCUUCAGAAGUACCCUCGGAGCCUUCGCGUUUUCCUUUACCGGUCCUAAUUCCGGUACUGCGGCCUGUACGGAUUUGUCGUGUAGAUCACACCGCGCAAGAUGGCUCCGGAUAACCUAUGUCUUCCCUUCUUGGUUGUUCUCGACAGCGAUAACGGCAUCGUUCUCAGACGGCAUCGGCUCACCAGAGCUCCUCAUUAGAGUCUGCAGGGUCCUCUCAACGAAAACCCCAGAGGGAUACCAUAACAUUUUCGGGUAUAUCAGCAGAAAGGAUGUCGACAGUCUCAAGCAAGCCAUUCAAAGAAAACACGUUGCAAUCACAGAUGUCCUCGACACUGGCAUGACGGCGAUCGCCUUCGCCCUCCGUCAUUACAGUCUUCCAAUGGUCCAGUUUCUGCUCCAAGAAGGUGCAGAUCUAUUUCAGGAGGGUCUACCUGGGGUCACACCGCCUGGGUUCAUGAUGGCCCUCGAGAAGUUGUACACCGACCCAAACAUGCCGAGAGGCGAGCGUACAGUCCUAGAAGAAAUGUUACCUUUGGACACCAUAGUCGAGAUGGCUGGACUCUCGCCUCUUCACAAAGUGGUCCUCGGAAUCCGAUGCCUCGACCUGGGCGAAUUACUGCGCCUAGACGUCUGCCCCGUCGACCAGAUGGACGAUUCCGGCCGGACAGCCCUCCAGUGGGCGGCUGCCAAAGGGGACGCAACCGCGAUCUCGGAGCUGCUAGAGGCAGGCGCCCAGCUGGAGUACAAGACGCGCAUGCGGUCGGAGACGCCGCUGCUGAUCGCGUGCCGGACCGGCGCGAACCCAGAAGCAGUCAGGACGCUCUUAGCCGCCGGGGCAGACAUAAACGCCACGGAUUGCUACCGCCAGACGCCCCUGGUACUCGGCGUGGCCGCACCCGGGGGCCGCGACAGGAUCGAGAUAGUUGGUGCGCUGCUGGAUGCCGGGGCCGACGUUAACAGUGAGCAGGGUUUCGCGCGCGCCGCGCCGUUGGCUUUUGCUUGUGCGGCCAGCAAUAUGGAGAUGGUGCAGUUCUUGAUCAAAGCCGGUGCGGAUGUGAAUCACCGCGACCGCGAUGGCUCUACGAUACUCAUGAAUGCAGUUAUAUAUCAUGCGUGUGAGACAGCAACGGUCCUUUUGAAGCAUGGGGUCGAUAUUCGUGCCACAGAUAACAAAGGGAAAACUGUCUUGCAUUGUAUUGCUGAAGUCUCCAAUGAAGACAUGAUCAGGGUAUUUGCCUCAACGAGUCCUUGGUAUGUGGUCGACCCAGAGCAAAGGGACGACAAUGGUCUAUCCCCUCUAGACACCCUUGAUCAGAGAACGAUCAGUGCAGCUCCCGGACUGAGGGAAAAGUUCUUCGAGCUUUUGCAAAUAAUGGCUCAAAGACAUAGACAUAGUCUCAGUACAGAAGAAGCCGAAGCGCAUGAGGAACUGUUCUUUGAUGCAUUAGACAGCUUGGGCGAUGAAGACGACACGAAGGCUCAGGGGAAUUCAUGA